UCCGGCUGGGGCGGGGAGGGGGGCGGGACGCGGGGGAGGCCCCAGUCCCCGCAAGCGUCCGAGGGCGAGGUUUUCCCAUGUAAGUGGAGAAAGCAGUUUGGGCAAGUGGUGACACACUUCCACUUUAUGAUGUCUGAAGAUGAAGAAAGAGUGAAAUUGCGCCGUGUUGAGCCAGCUAUCCAGAAAUUCAUUAAAGUGGUAAUCCCAACAGACCUGGAAAGGUUGAGAAAACAUCAGAUAAAUAUUGAGAAGUAUCAGCGAUGCAGACUCUGGGACCGGUUGCACGAAGAGCAUAUCCAUGCAGGACGGACAGUUCAGCAACUCCGCUCUAACAUCCAACAAAUGGAGAAGCUUUGUUUGAAAGUCCAUAAGGAUGACAGAGGAGUUCUGAAAAGAAUGAUGGAUCCUGUUAAAGAAGCAGCUUCAGGUGCAAUUGCAGAAUUUCUCCAACUUCACUUGCAAUCUGCAGAAGAACUUAAAAAUCAGUUUAAUGAUGAUGGAACCUCACUUCACUCUCCUUUGACAAGAUCAAUGACUGUAGGAGAAGCAUUUCAUACUGCCAGAGCUGAAGCUGGUCCCCAGAGUCUGGUCCAGAUGGAUUCAUCCCUGCCUGAGAUUCCUCAAGAUCAAAAUGCUGCAGAAUCCUGGGAAACUUUAGAAGCGGAUUUGAUGGAACUCAACCAGCUAAUUACUGAUUUCUCUCUGCUAGUGAAUUCUCAGCAGGAGAAGAUUGACAGCAUUGAAGACCAUGUCAACAGUGCUGCUGUGAAUGUUGAAGAGGGAACCAAAAAUUUGAGGAAGGCUGCAAAAUACAAGCUGGCAGCUCUGCCUGUGACAGGUGCAAUCAUUGGAGGAGUAGUAGGGGGUCCGCUUGGCCUCUUUGCAGGCUUCAAGGCAGGAAUUGCAGCUGCAGUUGGUGGUGGGUUGUUGGGCUUCACAGGUGGAAAAUUGAUACAAAGAAAGAAACAGAAAAUGAUUGCGAUCACUUCCAGCUGUCCAGAUCUUCCUAGGCAAAGUGACAAAAAAUCCAGCUGAAACUAGACCUGUUUCAUUAGGAUCCCUGCAGCAGUGUUGAUGAUGUCCUUUGCCAACAAUGAUGGACACACAAUCAGCUCAUGGAAGACAAGCUUAUUGAUAUAAAGAAUGUAGACAAUCACAUGGAUUGGAACUGGGAUCAGGAAACAUUUUGUCAUUUGACAGGGUAUUAAUUGGGAUAUUAGUGAUUCAGGAGCCCAGGUGAGUUGAGAACUGCCUUUCAGGUGAAGUUCAAAGACUGACAAGUUACAAAUUUUCUACCUGACUAUGUGGUAGCUGAGUUAUGACCUUCACAAGGACUAGGAUCCAUAUGCUAAUCUGUUUGUCAGUGUUUAGUUCAAGGUGGAGGGGAAAAAUGGCUAUGAGAGAAAUGCUUUCCUCAUUUACUCUGACUUGAAGAUCUUAAGAAUUGGCAAGUUUGUGGGAAAUUAUUUCAACCAAUAGAAAGAAAAUGAAGGUUACUCCAUAAGCCUUUCUCAUCAGGAAACUGGAAACUUGACCUCUGGGUGAAGGCACAAUUGAGAUGUCAUCAUGUUCAGCAUGUAUCCAAUGGGUGAGACUGCUUCAGUCUGGCACACUCCCAGAUUGCUGAAGUGAAUGAAGCCCAGUCCAACACAGCCCUGCCCAGAACUGUAAAAAGAAUGGAAAGACAGUCAAUACUUCAUAAUUUGUUUUUGGGGGAUUUUUUUGUCAAGACAUCCCCUACCUUUCUUCCAAGUUCUUUAAUUUAUUACUUUGGACCCUGCCUUCUUUCCUCCCUUUUUUCUUCUGCAUCUCUUUAAAUAAAGAAAACAAAUGGUAGGAGGUUUAUUUUGCCAGUCACAGA